UUGCUCCUCCCAUCCUUUCUUUUCUCCUGGUGUGACCCCUCUCCUUUGUUCAUUUGUCCAUUCUGUCCACCUCUUAUUUUCCAUCCCUCUUUUAACUUGACAGAAUCUUAUCGGACUCUCUCUCUUUCCCCUUCUCUCUCUAUUCUUGCUUUCCCUUUGUCCCCAUUUUCUCAUCUGUUCUCUACAUUGUUUUUAUCUUCUCUUGUUUUUUUACUCUGUUCUUUCUUUUUGAAACUCUCUUUCACUGAUUUCAAUCUAUCACCAGAACUGUCAUCAUCUUCUUCAUCAUCCUCUACAUCACCAACAACAACUUCAUCCUCACAUACUGCUGUUGAUACUUAUAUCCCAUCUUCCUCCCUUUGUCCAUCUGUCUUUCAUCAUCCUCUUCUUCUCCUUCCCCUGCCCUGAGUCUCUACACACUUCCUCUCCUCCCGCCCUAUCCCUCCUUCUUGACCUUCUCUUACCCUCUCCCCUCCUCCCUGUGUGGCCAUGUUGGAGAACAUGUCUCGUCGGUCGCGCUCCCUGCUGUCCCUGACCCUGACCACUCUGGCUCUGGCCCUGUCCAUCCUGGCUCUCUGCACCUCCUACUGGUGUGAAGGGACUCACAAGGUGGUCAAGCCUCUCUGCCUGUCUCCGGUCAAGAUGAGGAACUGUGGGCAGAACAACAGUGAACCCUACACCACAG